CAUGAAUGAUGGUUUAUUGUGUGUGAUGCUCAGCGCUGGUGUUUCAGUGUGCGGGAAUCACCCAGCUCACACGAUCUCUCAUUGGUCCACUGCAGCACACACAUUCAUUGCUUUUGUCCGUGGAUGCGAGACGCCGAUGAGAAAGUUGCGGUCGCAGGUGCAUGAAGCGCAUCGCGCAUUUACGCAUUGACAACAGAAGGAUUAUAUCGCGUCUCUUUCUGUGUUGAUGGGUUUAUAAGACUGAGAGAGAUCUCUGGAAUCAACCGUGAGCAAGAUGCAUAGACACUCGGUAAAGGAGGCCUUCCUCCUGCUCUUCCUCAUCAUCAGUCUGAUGUGGCCCAUACAUUCAAAGAUCUCAAACUGCAUCAUCAAGCACGAGGAGGAGAGAUGCAUGGAGCGUAUCGCGCUGCACGACCCCGGAGAGGACGCCACGUUUGGCUGUCCGUGGGAAUGGGAUAACCUGACCUGCUGGCAGGCGGCUUCUGUUGGUGAUGUUGUGGAGGUCAACUGUCCCGAACUAUUUGAGUUCAUGAGUCCAGACGAGGGUCUCGGAAAGAUCAGCAGAAAUUGUACAGAGUUCGGCUGGUCUGACCCUUAUCCUUACUUUUUUGAUGCCUGUAUGAUCGACGAAAACACAACCAAACCUGACAUGUAUUAUGCGUCAGUGAAGGCUCUCUAUACGGUGGGCUACAGCACUUCUCUGGUGUCUCUGACCACAGCUAUGGUCAUUCUCUGCAGGUUCAGGAAGCUGCACUGCACCAGAAACUUCAUCCACAUGAACUUGUUUGUGUCCUUCAUCCUGAGAGCUAUCUCUGUGUUCAUUAAAGACGGAGUUCUUUAUGCAGAAGAGGACAGUGACCACUGCUUUGUCCACACUAUGGGCUGUAAGGCAGUGAUGGUCUUCUUUCAUUACUGUGUCAUGUCAAACUACUUCUGGCUGUUCAUCGAGGGUCUUUACCUCUUCACACUAUUGGUGGAAACCUUCUUUCCCGAGAGACGUUACUUCUACUGGUACACCAUCAUCGGCUGGGGAACACCCACUAUUUGUGUGACCAUAUGGGCAGUUCUGCGGCUACAUUUUGAUGACUCUGGCUGCUGGGACAUGAAUGAUAACACUGCCCUCUGGUGGGUGAUCAAGGGACCCGUAGUGGCAUCGAUCAUGAUUAACUUUGUGCUCUUCAUCGGAAUAAUCAUCAUUCUGGUGCAGAAGCUGCAGUCUCCAGACAUUGGCGGCAACGAGUCCAGCAUUUACCUCAGCUGUGCACAGAAAUGCUUCAGUGAGCCGAUACAGGCUGCCCAGCAUUCGUGCAGGAUGUCAGAACUUUCUACCAUCACACUGCGUCUGGCACGUUCCACGCUGCUUCUCAUCCCUCUGUUUGGAAUCCACUACACUGUGUUUGCCUUCUCACCUGAGGACUUCAGUAAGCGGGAGCGACUGGUCUUUGAGCUGGGCCUGGGCUCUUUUCAGGGGUUUGUUGUGGCCGUGCUGUACUGCUUUCUCAAUGGAGAGUUUCUCCCUAAAGGUGCAGUCGGAGAUAAAGAGGAAAUGGAGGAGCUGGACGGUGAACAGGUACUUUGCUGUGGACCUGAAACAGCAGCGUCACCCUUCGCUAGCGAGCAGUGGGGUCAACGGGGGGACGCAGCUGUCCAUUCUGAGCAAAAGCAGCUCGCAGAUCCGCAUGUCCAGCCCGCUGGCGGAGACGGUCAACCUGAACCUGCCCACCUGAGCGCCUGAUUGGCCCGUCCCUUUGCCUGUCUGUGCACAAAGCCCCGCCUUUUCACCUGCAGUAGGUCCAGCCAAUCAUAAUUAGAGACGAAAUAAAUUAUAAAUGAAACCUCUGGAUAGCAUUUAAUGGCCCAUAUCAUUGAAAGGAAGAGGUCGGAGGUGUCAUCCAUCACUCAGCGCUCUUUCGUUUUAAAUGAGAUUCAUCCAGGAAUAUAAAAAUAGUGCCAAAACUAUUUUAAACUCAUGCGAGGAUAAGUUCAAAUUCGGGUUUGAGAUGCUUUCCGGCUGUUACGUAACGAUUCGAAGGCUUUCUAAUUAAUAUUUUCCGACAACAACUAUUUAAGCAUAAAGGAAUGUUCGUUUUUUCUCUCCUUUAGGACAGUUAAUGGUUCUUUCUUUCUUUCAGAAAAGAGGCCGUUUGCCUCACGCAGCUCACGUCAAACAUGAGGUCGCAGCCAACAUUAAGUGAACUUUUCAUGUCGCGUUAUGAGCCAUAGUUAAUGUGAACUGUCGUUGUGAAAUCUACGUCCAUAUACACACUUUUUAAAUCCAUUUCUGUCUGUCAGGUGAUAGCACAUUGCUUUAUGACGUGUAAUAGUACGGUAUAUAUCAGACGGGUUACAUUUCAGUGUUACGUCAAACAUAAAGUGCCAAACCAAUAGUUUUGUCUGCGUUUUAUCGGUGUUUAUCAAACGUACAUUAUAUAAGAAAACAGAGAUUAAGUGUUACACCUAGGAGAGGUUGUAAAACAUUAUUUUUUUACAAUCAGCCGAAAGUACAGAGUAUGUCAACAUUACAGGGACUUAGGAAAUAUGUGAAGCCAAUGGAAACAAAUCGAAUAAUUUGUCAAUUUUGGCAGAAUCCAAUAUAAUGAUCCAUGAUUAAGGGACUCUUGCUUUACGGAGCCAAGAAGCUAUCCCAGAAUCCCCUCUGAUCUAUUCGAAAGUGCCUGUUGGUCACGAAAAUAGCUUUGAUGGAUCUAUUCUAAACAUCCAGUGCCGUGCAGUAUUAUUAGUUGUGAAAUCAUUCGGUUUCAAUGUUUCAGGUAGUUUAUUUUUAUUUAGUAAUAAAAACAAUCUAUGAUUUAAUUUAUACAAAUGAAUAGUCUAGAACAGUGUUUAUAAAGCUUUGCGAUGCACAAUUAAAUGCCAUAACUUUAUUAUCAGGUACAUUAUAAAUGCAUUUUAGGGCUGAUAUGUUUAACUGUGAGAGAAAAGAGGAUUGAGAAUGAAAUACGAGCGUGUUAAAGCAACAGUUCACCCCAAAAUAACACAAUUCUGUCAUCAUUUACUCACAGUAAUGCUAUUCCAAAUAUGUAUGACUCUCUCAUGUAGAACGCAAAAGAUGCUCGCUGCUCUAAAAAAUAAAAUAAAAUAAAAUAAGCAUUUAUCUUUACUUGUGACGCUCCUCAAAAACAUCUUUCAGGUUUAAAUAAAUGAUGACAGAUUUUUUUUUUUCCGAGUGAACUAUAUGCUAGGAGAGGGACAGUUAACCCCCGACCCUUUACACGUACAAUCUUUGAUGUCAAUCUACUAAUCCAACGAAAUUUGCCGCAUCACAACCGACCGACAAUCACGAUUAGUUGUUACAUCACAUUUACUCGUCUGAUCAUGAGCGUGCAUCGAUGUGAAGUCAACUUACAUGGCAGCCAAUGUCCAGUAAAUAUUCUCUGCUGUGAUGUUCUAUAUGCCAGUGAUCAUUGGAUGUACCAGCAUUCUCUCUUUACAUCAGCACUUUCAGUCAACAUCAAGUCUGUACUGUAAACCGUGUCAUUCUGUGGAUAUGAAGUUGCCAAUCUUGAAAUGCAAUAUGUAUAUGCUUUUGUUGCGGCUCAUCGUUGUGAGUAUUUUAUAUGGAGAGAGGUGAAGUAGGUAGUGAAAUGUAACAGUGAUGGUCCUUUAGACAUGUCUGUUUUAUGUGGAGACUUUCUGCUUGUGAAGAUGAAGUCAUUUCUGAGUCACCAGCAUCACCAACCACGACUGAAAAACAACUCGCACCAUUGGUUGAGCUCAGUGUUGUUGUGUGGCUACUCCAGCAAACAGAGGCAACUCAGUUUGGUGCCCCUUUUGGGAUGUGUGUUGUUGUUUUGUGUUAAAGUACUUUCUUAAAGCUCUGUGCAAAGACAAUUUUAAGGAUUCUUUGGGUUGAUUAGCCCGAAAAGAGUAAACGCUGUGACCUCACGGUGCUAUCGAAACAUUGCUCUGUUUGUUUGAUCAGCCAAUGGCAUGCAAUGGCGUGCUUCACUGUCUCAACCAAUGGCGUUCAACAUUGUCUUGGCCAAUGACGUGCUUCACUGUCAUCUGGUGGUGCUAAUGACACAGAAAUGACCCUCUUUAUCUUUUAAUAUUCCAUUGUUUUAAUUUGUUUGAUUUAUUUUUUUAAAUUGUUGUUAUUAAAAGCAUCAUUGUUUUUUCAUUCACACUGUAAAUAUAAAUGAUCUUGAAUAAGCUUUUAGUGAUAGUGAACCUGUCUGUAAACAAGUCGUGACGCCGUACAUUACCAGUGUCAAAUGUUGCUUGGAUCAUGUGAUCUUAGAGCUUAAUGUUUGGAUAUAGUGACAGGGGGGUCGACCUCCCUCUGUGGCACUUUCUAGAUAUAUCUGCAUGAAAAAGACAAAAAAGACGCAUAUGCUGCUUUCUGUGUUCUUGACACCAGCUGUCAUUCUGAGUAAGAGCGCUCAGGAGGGUACGACCAUGUCUCAAAGCUGUUACAAACCACUUCUAUCAGCUGUGCAGAUGUGCUCGUGAUGUAUCCGCCUGCCAGCAGAUGGCUUCGUGUUUGUUUGAGGGACACGGAUGGCGAGGAGUCUCUCGUGGAGGCUGGAAAUGUGUGUUGUUUCUUUGAGAUCACGUUGUGGAAUGACUCCUUUUAAUGUGAAUGUAACACCUGGCCUGUAACAGCUGUACUGUACAUUCAGCUCCGCUGCUCUGUAAAUCUGUCUGCUGUACUUUCUGCUUCGAUGUAGAGAUGAUGUCUUUGUUUGACCUGUGAACAUUUUUGUACAUGUUUGAAUUCCAUUCUUGACAAACAAUCUUGAAUUUCUGGAAUUUGUUCAGUUUUAUUUUUGUAUUUGUGUCUUAG